AUGUUGGCAUUGUUCAUUUGGGUUUCUCUGCUUCUCAUAAGCUUGACACAUUGGGUUUAUAGCUGGAGAAACCCCAAAUGCAGAGGGAAACUUCCACCUGGUUCAAUGGGUUUCCCGUUACUCGGCGAGAGUAUACAAUUCUUCAAACCAAACACAACUUCAGACAUACCUCCAUUUGUCAAAGAAAGAGUCAAGAAGUAUGGUCCAAUAUUCAAGACUAAUCUUGUGGGGAGACCAGUUAUUGUAUCAACAGACGCUGAUUUGAGUUACUUUGUGUUUCAACAAGAAGGUCGUUGUUUCCAGAGUUGGUAUCCAGACACUUUUACAGAGAUCUUUGGGAGGAAGAAUGUUGGUUCAUUACAUGGGUUUAUGUAUAAGUACCUUAAAAGCAUGGUCUUGACUCUCUUUGGCUAUGAUGGUCUCAAGAAGAUGCUUCCUCAAGUCGAACUAACUGCAAACAAGAGAUUAGAGCUUUGGUCAAAUCAAGAAUCAGUAGAACUCAAAGAUGCAACCGCAAGCAUGAUAUUUGAUCUUACCGCGAAGAAGUUGAUCAGUCAUGAUCCAGACAAGUCAUCAGAGAAUCUAAGGUCUAACUUUGUUGCUUUUAUUCAAGGAUUGAUCUCCUUCCCAUUUAACAUCCCAGGGACUGCUUAUCACAAAUGUCUAAAGGGUAGGGAAAAAGCAAUGAAAAUGUUGAAGAAUAUGCUUCAGGAGAGGAGGAAGAACCCGAGGAAGAACCCGAGUGAUUUCUUUGAUUAUGUAAUUGAAGAAAUCAAGAAAGAAGGGACAAUUCUAACAGAGGAGAUUGCGCUGGAUUUGAUGUUUGUCUUGCUAUUCGCAAGCUUCGAAACAACUUCUCUCGCUUUAACUUUAGCCAUCAAGUUUCUUUCAGAUGACCCUGAAGUUCUAAAGCGCUUAACGGAAGAACAUGAGACAAUUCUGAGAAACCGAGAAGAUGCUGAGUCAGGACUGACAUGGGAAGAAUACAAGUCAAUGACUUACACAUUUCAGUUCAUAAAUGAAACAGCAAGACUAGCAAAUAUAGUUCCUGCAAUCUUCAGAAAGGCAUUGAGAGAUAUAAAAUUCAAAGAUUAUACAAUUCCAGCCGGCUGGGCGGUGAUGGUCUGUCCACCAGCUGUACAUUUGAAUCCAGACAAGUACAAAGAUCCUUUACUCUUUAACCCAUCAAGAUGGGAGGAAUCAAAAGCUAGCAAUGCAUCAAAGCAUUUCAUGGCGUUUGGUGGUGGUAUGAGGUUUUGUGUUGGAACUGACUUCACCAAAUUGCAAAUGGCUGUGUUUAUUCAUAGCUUGGUAACAAAAUACAGGUGGGAGGAGAUUAAAGGAGGAAAUAUACUACGAACUCCCGGAUUACAGUUUCCCAAUGGUUACCAUGUUAGACUCCAUCAAAAAGAGACUAAAGACAUGUUAUAA